ACCAUUUUGGUACAUUUGAGUAUUUGAACUGUGUGUCGUGAUUUAUGCAGCUAUGUCCACUCAGGAGCUCUUUGUUGCUGCAGCUCGUAAAUGUCUGUGUGUUGGUAGAAAAUCUCUUUCCCUUCCUCAGAGUCUGGACCUGGCUGCUCAGGUCUCGGCCGUUGAUUUGGGGUUUAAACCCGCUCUGCUGUAUGACAGUAACAGCGCCAGUUCGGAAAAGGUGCAGCAGUAUUUGAGCUCUUUGCAGUCUUCCCAGCUUGUGUCUAAAUCACUUCUCACGUUGGAUUUAAAUGGAAACACUCUUAUAGUUAAUCCAGUUACAGUCAGAUCAGAUCUAGAGCAGGUGCUUUGUGAGAGCAGCGUGGCUGUGAUCGAUGUCGGCCACUCACUGGAGAAGCCCACCAUCACUGACCUGCUCAGAGUAGAGCUGAAGAGCAUGAUACAAGUUUUACUGCUUCUUCUGAGAGGGUUUGAACAACUGAAGGAGGCUGAGAAACCUCUUUAUGUUGGAGAGAAAUGUCAAGAAUGGAACCUGUGCACAGUAUUCGGUCUUUUAUUGGGUUACCCCGUCACCUACUGGUUCGAUCAGACCAAAAGCUUUGAAAACUGUCUGUCUAUGACUCCCCUGAUGGUGACUACAGCUGCGGCAACAUGGCAGGCAGUCCCCGCAGGUCACAGAUGUUGUCUGUACUCUUUCAGCGUCCCGGCUGUUCUGCUCGAAGAGACGCAGUCCAACCUGGAGUACUGGAGGCUUCGUUUACAAAGAAGAUUUCAGCAGCAAAAUGUCCUAAAGGAUCUUACUGUUUGUCAAACCACAGUAACUCUGCCCUCAGUCUGUUUGUGAUGCUAACAUAAGUUUGUCUUUAAAAUAACCUGUUAUAGAACAUGUGGAUGUACUUUAUCAAUCCAUUAAACUUUGUCAAAACAGA